ACAAAUAAUAUGAGAGAUCUUGGAAGAUUUGGAGUGAGGCAGUACAACAGAUCUGACGCUCCUCGCCUACGAUGGACCGUAGAUCUUCACAAUCGCUUCAUCGAAGCCGUCGAUUGCCUUGGUGGACCAUACACCCUAUUUUUCCCUCCAAGAUGCCAUCUUUGUUGAAGAUCUGAGCUGUGUAUAAGGUUGUCCACACCUUGAAGAUCAUCUAGCUAAAACUCAAGUUGAUCCACUAACUAGAAGCGACUCCAAAGCACAUUCUACAGCUGAUGGGUGUGGAAGGGCUGGGGAUAUCUCAUGUCAAAAGCCAUCUUCAGAUGUACAGGAGUUCGAAGAAUGGCGCGGGUGUUGAAGCAUUUCUAUCUAUGAAAGGUCUCUCUAAGAGGAGAAGGAUGCAUCACAAGAACGUUGGUAUUUUCGAUUCGUCGAGUUGCUCUGAAGACUAUCAUCCGCGCUUCAAAUCUGGCCAUUGUUUGCUGCAAAGCCCAUUAUUAGACGGAGUAAGAGCAUGGGAGUCCAAGCAUGGCAACUUCUUUUGGAGAGAAGAAAGGACAGGCACUGCAAAUCAGCUUCGCCAACUAUGCUCUCUUGAUGGGAUGCCCAACAAACAAACGGCUGGUGGGCCCUGUCAUAAUAGUUGUGAGCUAUCACUAUCCAUCACUACUUCAGAGGUGAGAAGAAGUGCAAACAAGGGAGAAUCAUCAUCAACCGUUGAAAUUGAUACAAGUGAAGAAGGUCCACCACAGUCUAGAAAGCACAAUGUAGAUAUGAUGAGCCAUAAGACUCUUAAGGAGAAUGAUAUAAAUCUAGACCUAACCAUUUCAUCCACUCAUUACUGUUCAUAUUCAAACUAGAAUUAGCACAAACUAUUCCAUUAUUAUGUUGUAAUAAUCUUCUCAUCACUGAGAAAUUUUUAUUAUUACUUCAUGUAUAAAUUUAAUUCCUACU